UGUCUGUGUAUCCCAUGCGCGCUCUGUCUGUCUUGUGUGCGCGAGCUGGGCUCCGGCGGGCGCGCGCCCGGCUGUGUGACGUCACGGGUGUGAAGAAGAUGGCGGCGCUCGUGAAGGCGGAAGUGUUGCAGUUUCAUCCUCCCUGGAUCAUGUGACUGCCUCCUGCAGACCGGAGGAGUGUGUGAACUUCACCAUGAACAACAAGGACACAACCACAGAGUCCGAGACCAGCGGUCAGAUGAAAGUGUUUUUACCCAAUAAGCUGCUGGAGUGUUUGCCUCGCACCACCACUUUACCCAAAGAGAGACUGCGCUGGAACACCAACGAGGAAAUUGCAUCGUUCCUGAUUUCGUUCGACAAACAUGACGAGUGGCUUUCUUGCACGCUUAAGACCAGGCCACAGAACGGCUCCAUCAUCCUGUACAAUCGCAAGAAGGUCAAAUACCGGAAAGAUGGAUAUUGCUGGAAGAAGAGGAAGGAUGGAAAGACGACCAGAGAGGAUCACAUGAAGCUGAAGGUUCAGGGCAUGGAGUGUCUUUAUGGUUGUUACGUUCAUUCCUCCAUCGUCCCAACAUUCCACAGAAGAUGCUAUUGGCUGCUGCAGAACCCAGACAUCGUUCUAGUGCACUAUCUGAAUGUGCCGUCUCUGGAGGACAGUGGGAAGUCGUGCGGACCGGUCUCAUGUGCUCUGACCGACCGCAGGGACAGUCUGCGUUGGAGCCGAGACGAACUGCUGUCUCAACUCAAACCCAUGUUCCACAGCUUGAAAUGGUCUUGUGGAGGCAACGGUUCUGUGGAGCUCUCAGUGGAGCAGAUGGUGCAACAGAUCUUAGAAACACAACAGACCAAACCACAACCUCGAACACACACCUGCCUCUGCGCUUCUCCUGGAUCCAACAUUCCUCACCGCUGCAACAGCACCAGACAUCGCAUCAUCUCGCCCAAACUGCCCACCCCUCACCCCGCCCUCAAUGAGCUGAAGAAUCCUUCUCUGCGGGAGGCGGGACCGGGCGAUGCGUUAGUCGCUGUUGUACCUUCAGAGAGGAAGCAGCCUGAAGAGGGUGGGAGGGGCGAUGAUCCGGGCGGCGUGGCUUCCCCAUGCUCCGCCUCCUCCUCGUCCUCCAGUCCACCCCAAACGCAGCGGGCGGGGACAAUCGCUCUUAGCAACGGAAAUGGAUUCUAUGGUGACCAGCGGGGUGGAUUGGCAGCAGUCAUUGUCAUGACGACAGCAACCCCGGUGGGGUGUGGCUAUGGGGAGGAGCCAAAUGCUGAGUUAGGCUCCACCCACCUGUCAGUCACCCGUGCCGGCGGACGUCUCGUUCUAUCUCCUGUGCCGUCCAAACAGGACACGCCCUCCCCAACAAGCUCCGCCUCCCCACCUAGCCCCGCCCCUCCCAAUCAAGGCGUGGCCACGCUUUCACUCACUUUCCUGCCCAGCCCUGUGAUUGGAGGACUGCUGCUGACUGAUACCCCUGGGACAAUCCUGCCCCCAAACCCGACGUCGCCAUCACCCUCGCUGCUCCCAUUUGACCCUGACUCCUUCCUAAACAGCCCCAAACAGGGGCAGACCUACGGAGGACCCGGCCUCACACCUCACUCAGUCUCCGCCUCCUCUUCCCCAUCUCCACCUCCUUCAAUAUCUCCUCAGCCACUGUCUCUUGCUCUGUCUCUUUCUCCCACAUCUCCUCCAUCGUCUCUAUCCUCUCUCUGUUCUGAGACGGAGAGGAAGAGUAUUCCGGGUCGUCCCUCGUCCUCACUGUCUUUUUCACUCUCUCCGACGCGAACGACUCCCGCGCUGCUCCCGCUGUGUCUGGAGAUGUCUUUAGGACUAGAUUCUUUGAGUUCUCCUCUAUCUGUCCCACCCUCCGACGACAGAGCUCCUCCCACUGGAUUCACUGCUCAAGUCCCGCCCGGUCAUCUCCUAACCAAUCCUCUCUCGCCCGCCACCCAAAUAACAUCCUCUCUUGAGGUGCUGCCAACCAAUCAGCUGCCACCAGAGGGAGAAAAGGCGGAGUCACAGCACUCCAUGUGCAUUCAACCUUCGAAUCAGACACCACCCCCAGCCACACCCCCAACUGUGAGUCCUGUACAAGUGAAGGAGGAGCAGUCUCCGCCCACUCAUUCACAUUUCGAAUCAGAAGUCACGCCCAUGGACACCACCCACUGCGGCCAUAUAGACGGAGAGGAGGCUGGGCUUACAUUUGACUCCGCCUUCCCCGACCUCAUAUCUGAGCACAUUAUAGAGGAGCCUGUCAGUCACCAUCCCACCCUGGCUCCGCCCGUUUACCCCAUCCGCUACAUGGUUCCUCCUCAGCCGACACCGUCCACCUCAUUCCUGCCCUUCCCUCUUCUUACAAACCCUGGAGGAAACCCAGCAGAAACCCAGCGGCUGGCCAACAUCACAGACUUCUCGCCCGAAUGGUCGUACCCCGAGGUUUGAAUCUUCAUGCCUCUUCUUUAAAGGGACAGUUCACCCAAAAGUGAAAAUUCUGUCAUCAUUUACUCAGCCUCCACUUGUUCCAAACCUGUAUGAAUGUUUUAUUUCUGUUGAACACAAAAGAAGAUAUUUCAAAGAAAGCUGGUAACCAAACAGAUGACGGUAGCCAUUAUUAAUUUUAAUACUAUGGAAGUCAGCGGGUAGCUUCACCUGUUUGGUAACCAGCAUUCUGCAAAAUAUCAUCUUUUGAGAAGAAAGGAACUUGUUGAGGUUGAGUAAUUGAUAACAGAAUUUUCAUUUUCAUUUCUGGGUGAAUUAUUUCUUUAAUUGCUUCAAAUCCAUU